UCGAGGUCUAGGACGGAGGAGUAUAAAAGGUCGGUGCAGGAUCGCUCAUCGUACCUGAAAUUUUCGUCAUGAACUUCGUUCCUGUCCUCUUCGCCCUCGCCGCCGGGGCUCUCGCUGCCCCCCAGGCAAGCUAUGGUCGACCCAGGGCCCUUCCUCCUCCCCGUCGCCUUUACGACUCUCUCGAGGCGUCCACAGAGGUGGAUAAUUCCCUGGAGGAGGUCACUUCCCCGGUGUCCGAUGACUGUACUUCCUCCAGAGAGGUAAAUUACGACCUUGGCGACUUAGAUUCCGAUAACCGCAUUGUCGCGGUUCCUCGCCCGCGCCUGCCUGUCGAAGGAGAAAGGGAGGAGGUUUUAGAGAAUCGAGAAAGAGUGGCUCUCAGGCCCCUUCCCAUGCGCUACGGGUCCUCUCUCGAAGUCAGUCUCGAGAAAAUCAGUCUCGAGGAAGUCAGCCUCGAGAAUGUUGAAACAAUCACUGUCGUUCCUCGCCCGCAGAACGACGAACUGAAAAACCAACAGAGCACGACUCCCAAGCCUUCCGCGGAACGUUACAGGUCAUCCGAAGAAGCUAGCGUAGAGGAGUUAGAAGCCGUGCUGGAGAAAGACAACAAAGGAAAGUACAGCUUUGGGGCUCAGAGUGGCAUGGGCAUCGGCGUCUCACAGUCCGGAUGGAUCUGCAGGCGGCUUUGAUUUCCGAGGUACCCGUACUAUCUAUUGGUUUAAAUUGUAAUCUUAGUGCCAAUAAAAUUAUUUAUUACCAAUGACAAAACAAAAACAAAAAAGAAAUUGUA